UUUUUUUUUUGAUAAAUCAUGGUUACUUCUUUAUAUAUAUAUAUACACAUAAGCAAAUAUAUGGACAGGGAAUUGUCCUCGGUGUCACACGCAAAAGAAAUGGACUUCCAAAAUCUCAAACUCGUGAUACAUUUCUUUCUAUUUCUCUUCAUUCAUGCACAAAUCAAGGCCGUUGGAUCAUUCUCCAAUGACUCUUCCUCAGCCGUUGAUCUGAAGUUCGAGCCCUCCUCGGGAAAAACGGUGUCGUCUCCGGUGGAUUUUCCCAUUUGGCGGAGGCAAUUGCCCGGAGGUGGAGGCAGCAGCGGAGGAGGAGGUGGCGGCGGAGGCGGAGGGAGCCGUGGUGGUGGCGGUGGCAGCAGCGGCGGAAGCGGCGGUAAAAGUGGUGGUAGCUCCGGUGGUAGCUCUGGUGGAGGAAGCGGCGGUAAAAGCGGCGGUAGCGGCAAUGGCGGUGGAGGAGGAAGCCGGGGAGGCAGUGGCAGCGGUGGAGGGGGAAGCCGGGGAGGUAGUGGCGGUGGCUCUUCAGGAAAUAGAGGCGGAGGCAGAGGCGGCGGCGGCGGUGGCGAUGACGGAGGAGGCGGUGGUGAUGGCGGAGUUGAUGGAGGAGGCGGUGGAAGCGGCGGUGGCGGCGGUCCCACGCCGGGCGGAGGAGCGAUGCAACUACCACCUGGUGGCCGCUUCGGUAGCGGCGGUUACCGCCAUGGACACGGCGGCGUUAGAUAUAUAUUGCUGGUUAUCUUAACUAGCUGUCUGGUAUAAAUUAUUAAUGUCCUUAAUUAAUACAUGGGUAUUUUAUGUGUGUAUAAAAUAUGUUACUUGUAUUGGACCGUGUAUUUU